CAUACUUACUCUUUAUGUAAAGUCACAAGAGUCCGUCACUUAGCAACCAGGCUUUAUUGGAUUGAACAACUUCUCUGAGGCCUGUUCCUUCAAGUACGAUAAAACAGUGUUGGAUGGAAGCACUUCUCUCUUGACCUCUCUUGGACAUAUGACGGUGGUCUCUGUGACAGGAGGGCCUUUGUGUCCAUGAACGGAGAAUGUGGAAAAGCCUAAAUGAUGAAUUCAGACCAGAACUUGUACUCCCCAGCAUCUGUGUGCUUUGAGAAAAAGACAAUAUUCUCAGCAAGUCGAGACUUGGCUUCUGUACGGAGCAGAGGGUUUGUUCAUCUUGAAAAGGCAAAGGACACCGAUGUGUGGGCGGUUAAAGCACCCGAUUUCUCCCCAAAGCUUUACAGCCAUCUGCAUCUGCCUCGGAAAAAGAAAGAAAACAGGAGCCCGCCCUUAUUCAUAUCUGACUCACAGGAGAUGCUUUUCAGGGUCAAGAGGCCGGCCCAGAUAGUUUUACCUGAAAUUAGUCAGAGCAGAGAACUGCCAGCAUUCACCCUGCGAUACCAACCACCCGGUGGGCUAGAAUCCAAGCUGGCUUUUGUAAAAAAAGGCAAAUAUCCUUCUACGGCCUACAGUGACCCCAAACCUUAUGAUUUCAGACAGUAUGCUGAUAACAUGCCAGAUAUGGUGACCACCCAGAAAAGGGAUCCUGGCAAUCUGAUCUUCAAAUCUCUGCACUUGAGUAUAAGCAUGUAUUCAUUUAUCAUUAUAUCAUUAAUUUUGCUCUUUGGAGGGACCACACCCAGGGAGGAGAUUCAUCAGAGGGCAACAAUGAAGCAGUUUGACACCUUUAAACCAGCAGAGCCCAAAUGGGACUCCCAGCUGAUCUUACCCAGCAUACCUUGGCCCCCAAAGUCAGCCUCCUACUCAAGACACAGACGGAGGAGAGGGGUGCACAGUGCUUUCAUGGACAGAGUGGAGGAGAAACUCACCGACUCCUGGAAGAACAACUGAGUCUCUAUGCACCUGCACAUUGGGUACAUUGAUUUUGGCUGCAAAUGAAGACAUACAGAAAUAACUGAAUGCUCAUUCAGGAAUAGUUUAUGUUGGGUAAGCGUGGCCAGCCAUGAAAAGCUUAUGUUAUCCUUCACAGUGGACUAUAUAUUCUUAAUUUCAAAGUGAAGUGAAUACAACUUUUCUCAGAAACUGCAGCAAGGUAGUGCUUCUCCCUUUUUCUUGCUAACUUAAACUUGCUAACCAAGGGUUUUAUAGACUGGUUUAACCAGAUUGGGAGCUGUGCC